UUUGUGAACCCACGUCAGUUGGGUAGCUGACAGAAGGGGAAGGGGCUGACUGGCAGAUUGUGUCUGUAGCCAAGCUUCUUGUCUUUGUCUUCAAGUUCUUGAUGGAUAACAACGCAGAUGCACCAAUAGCUCCUGCCAUUCCUGCUGGUGCAGCUGAUGCUCUGGCUAAUGGAGACCAGUGGACACCGUUUGAGGCUAGGAGACAGUUAGAUAUCGCAAACAGCCCUUUGCAAGUAGAAGUGGUUGCCAAAGAAGAUAAGAAAGAUGACAAGAGUGAGGAGGAGGAGGAGGAGGAAAAAGAGCAGGGAAAAACCAAGGAGGCCCAUAGCACUGACACUGACAUCGAGAAGAUGCGCUUGGAAUUUGAGCUGGCCAUGUUGAAGCGUCAACAUGAGGAGAAUGACAAACAGCGGCAGCAUGAGGCGAAGAUGGAACACAUCCGCCAUCAAUUGCCAUCUAGAUCUGGACCUCAUGGAGAAGACCAGCAGCUGGGUGGCCCGUUAGACCCCAUCACAGAAAUUGAACUGGAGAAGAUGCGCAUGGAAUUUGAACUGGCCAAACUGAGGCACAUCUCGGAGGAGAAUGAGCGGCAGAGGCAGCACGAGCGGAAGAUCUAUGAAGACAAGGAGAAACAGAGGCAGCAUGAAGAGAAGAUGGAGCACGUGAGGCAGAGGCAAGGGAAUUUCCGACUGGUCAGCCAGAAAGCUUCCAAUGGUGGUGUGGGAGAUGCCGUGGCUGAGACAACCCCUGGGACUUUUGCAGACUUGGGGAAGAUGAGGAUAGAGCUCCAGUUGGCCAUGGAAGUUUACCUGCCAGAGAUUAAUGAAAAAAAGCACCCGUUAGAGCAGGGCAGUCACCAGGAAGGCACAAAGGCCCAGCAGCAAGCAGACAAUAAGCCUGAGGUGGAAAAGGCACAGGACCCACUUGAACAGAAGAACAGUGGGGUGACUGAACACCUGGGUCUGCAGGUGCCCCGCAUCGUGGUAAGUGGAGCAGAGACUGAGUGGUCAAGCAGCCGACUGGACCUAGCCAUCGAGACCGAGCUGGAGAAGAGGCGGAUGGAGUUUGAGCUGACGAGGCUUAAAUACGAACAUGAUGAGAACGAGCGUCAGCGUCAGCAUGAAGAGAAGAUGGAGCAGCUGCGCCGUCAGGGGGCACCAACCAGGGAGACUAACAUAGCUGCCAUUUUGAAAAGGAAAAGGGAUUACAAAGAGCUCCCAAAGGAUAUCUUCGAACUCUGCACAAUGGAGGAACAGGAAGACAACCCUGAAUAUGCCUCAUCUGGCGCAGACAAUGCGACUGACCAAACAUCAGCUCCUGAUGAUCUGACUGAGCCACCAUGUACCCCUAACGAAGUGACAGACCCACUGGACAUCAGAGAUGAGGAGACACAUGUAAGGACAAAACCACGGGUGGUGUUGGACAAUCAGCAUCCUUCCCUGGCCAACAGAGAGGGUGAGAUGGCUGCCUGGGGUCAAAUAGAAAUUCCAAAUAAAAAGGAAGGCUGUGACAUCUUGGCACCCCAGCUAAGGAAGAUGCACCUAAACAUGGAGAUCAUGUUGACCAAAUAUCGCUACAAAGCUAAGGAAAAGGAGAAGCAGAGGCAUGAAGAGAAGGUGGGAGAGAUAUGCCAGCAGGCCCCCUUGACACAGUCUCCUGGAGGAGGUCAUCAUCUCUUCUUACCUCGGGACACGUAUACCUUGUUCCUGUACUGCUUCAUCUUCACUCAUGUCAUCUAUAUAGUCAGGGAGUUGAUCUUCUUUCUCAUCAAGGAGCAUGAGUUGUAUGCCUUUGCUUUUAUCCUUCUAUGUGUGAUUAAAAUGUUUUGGAAGUAGUCUUUUCCCCCCAUUGUGUGAUUCCCCCUAAAAGGGAACACAGCAUCUGACUACUUCAUAAUCAUCUUCCUUUUCCCAUCCUGAGUGUAGUACCUGCCCAGUAGAGACUUAUGGAAACCAAACUCCCCAGCCCCAACAGAACUUGGGUGUAUACACAAGUCUUAAUAAAUUAUACAUUCUCAA